GCCAUAUACCACACCUUAUCAGGCCUUAUUGCUUAAUUAUACAUUAGUUGCUUCAACACAGCGCACCCUAUCAGUCCUCUAGUAUAUAUAUAAAUCAUUGGAUGUAGAUGGGUAGCCAGGCAACUAGCCCAAAGUAGGCUUUUAUCAUAAUCUCUCCAUAGCAUUGCUAUGUAUGUAUGUACUGGCUAUGUACAGUAGUGCUGAUGCCCCCCUACUAGCAAUAUGGCUUACAGACCGAAAAGGGACCUGAGGAAGCGAGGAAGUUUCAGUGAUCGUUUUUUGGUUGGUGUUUUCUCAUAAAUAUAGGAUAAUUAACAUUUGGUCGGAAGACACGUGAAACUAUUCAGCAAUUUAGUUACUGAUUGAAAAAGCUGCAAUUACUUUGUCUCCAUUGCGUAGUAUAGCGAACAUCUCUUAUUUUACGUGGAGAUCCAGCAGCUCGCGCGCCAAAUUAUCAUCUGACCUGUGCUGCACCAGGUGUAGAUAACCUCCACUGCAGGUAGGCCAAACAGAUUGUAUCAUGUCAUAUCCAGACAUAGCGAUUUCUGGGUAACAAUGUGUUGUAUUGAGCACUAGUAACCUACACAUUAGCCUACAGUACAGUGUUUGGUGGAGGGAUGUCCACUCAGCAGGCCUAUAGUAGGCCUAAACAAUGUUGGAUAAGACAUUCCAUCGGAAACAUAGAGACAUAUUUCUACAUUUGAUGUAGGGUAGCCUAUUUACUCUAUGAAAAUAAUCUCUGCAAUCUCUGUAGAAUUUAUUAUCCACGUAUUUUACUCAUGUUAUGAGCAUGCAUUAAUCUCAGUUAGUUGAAGAGUAGACCUGAGCAAUGAAAUAGAGUCAACUGUUACCAAAACAUCACCAGUUAUCUAUAGCCUGAGUGUCAGUCUUUCUCUUUUAGCCAAGUCCUUUAUUGUGGUCCAGAAAACAAGGUGUAUGUAUGACAAUAACAAAGGAGUUGGCUAAACCAGAUUCUUCCACCCAUGCUACCCGGUAUCACCAUAUUAACUGGACUCUAAUAGACAUUCUUGAGGUUGGAUGCAUACAACCAGAGACUUUGAAUAAGCUGAUGUGACAUAUGAUAUAACAACUGAAGAACACUAUUCAAAGGAAGCUUUAGUCACCUCAUGCUCCGCCCCAUUUUUGUAAAUAUGGCUUUGCAUUAGAUGCACACACGGAAAUAGUUUUGGUUUGAGAAUAGUACGGUACAGGUGCUGUGUGAGUGUAUGAAUGUAGUGUGUAAGUAUUCACAGUCUUUCAUUUCAAGCAGUGAGCUGUUACAGUAUGACAGGGGUCAGGUCUACACAGAUACUAUAACCUUUCACUAAAGUAUAGCUCUGAUUUACUGUAUCAAAAUUACAAUUGUCUGAAAAUUCUUCUGGAACUUUGAGAGAAGGAUGGGGACAGUCUCUGAUGACAUUAGGAGGCUUUUGGAGGACUGUGAGCUCUUUGUAUCAGAUAUCCUACAGGACGAGAACCUCAGUAAACAUGCCAGAGAAACACGGGACGUCCUACUUAAUAACUUCAGGGUGGUCCACUCCAGAAAUCCUCAGGAGUUUCCUUUCAGAUCUGAGUCCAGACAGGAAGACAGUUCAGAUGACAACCAGAGCUCAAGUCUAGGCCGCUCGGCCCCCUCAGACGACCUUUCUGUGGCCUCUGACUACCAGGACGAGGGCUCUCCUGAGUACUUUGAGGAGAUCCAAAUGGUGGCAGCCCAGGAUCUCAGUAACAUCUUGAAACAAGGCUACCUGGAGAAGAAACGACGGGAUCACAGCUUCUUCAGCUUAGAAUGGCAAAAGCGAUGGUGUGUCCUCAAUAACACAAUAUUCUACUACUUUGGGAGCGACAAGGACAAGCAGCAGAAGGGUUCCUUCUAUAUCAAUGGCUACAGUGCAGAGCUGGUGGCCAACCUACGUAAAGACUCCAAGAAGAAUGCCUGCUUUGAGCUGAGUGCCCCUGACCGACGCUCCUUCCAGUUCACUGCUAGCAGUCCGCGAGAGGCCAGGGAAUGGGUGGACCAUAUCAACUUUGUCCUGAAAGAUUUGAGUUCCAGCUUCAUCCCCUUUGAUGACGAUGAGGAAGAGGAGGAGGAGACCUAUGAUGACAUUGAGGGGGUGACCGGGGCGGCCAGCCCUCCCCCUCGUCCCACCCCCGUCCUACCCCAGCAGGCCAAAGCCUCUCUCAGUAGCCAGGAGGAAUGGAGGCCCAAGCAGGGGGGGCAAGAGGGGGGGGAGGAGGAGGAAGAAGAGGAGGAUGAUAUCUACGAGGUGCUCCCAGACGAUGACUUUCCAGAACCCAUUGAGGAGAUCAGUGAGAAGAGCACAAAACCAGUCUGGUCCAUGGACUAUGCCAACUACUACCAGGGCUUGUGGGACUGUGAGGCAGACGAGCCUGAUGAGCUGGCCUUCCAGAGAGGUGACCUCAUCUAUAUCGUCAGUAAGGAGUAUAACAUCCAUGGCUGGUGGGUCGGAGAGCUAAAUGGUACCAUCGGUAUCGUCCCUAAAGACUUCCUCCACCCUGCCUACAUCCUCUGAGCUCCAAGAAGUACUGGAUCACUCUCUUAUCAUUAAGAUUAUAAAAUAAUUGAAUGGAUGUAAUGUAGCAUAACAGGUCUCCUGACACCCAUUGAGCAAGCCAUUGAGAGAGCAGGAGAGGUGUAUAUUCACAGCGCUUGACCGACCAUUUAAGACAUCUGGUGGCUGAAAGUAGAACUGCUUGGGAAAUUGAAUCAGCAUUAUAGACGGGUUGGUUGUUUAGCAACAAAACCGACGCGUGCGCAACUAUGGGGCAAAACAGACGAGGCUGGCUUAGAUUGUUGACGGCAUGUAAACUAUAUUUAGUCUCUAAAUGUUUAUUGAACAUGUAAAUAUAUUUGCACAAUGAGCACUUGUUGUUUCUCAAAUACAUAGUUACAGUUGUUGGUUAGCUAGCUAAUUAAUUUUUAGCCAUAUUAGCGUAGACGUGUCAUGAGUCAAAACAAGACAUGGUAUCAAUAACAAGAUGCAAUGAGCUGAAACGAGCCACCUACAAUUCCCCACAUGGCAGCUUCUUCUCAAUGUUGCUAACUAUCUGACCAUCCAGAAUCAUUACACCACAUGGCCUUCUGCCUCAUCGUCUUUUAGUGACGUUGUCAGCUAACCCGUCUUAUAGAUACUGAUUUGCUCAGUAAUGCUUAAUUAUAGCGUCAUUGACAUCAUCAUUGAAUUGGGGAAAAUGAUUCCAACUAUACGCCAUAGAAAACAUAUAUCAUGCACUAUUCUACAGGAACUGUAUGUUACACGUUCCGCUCUGAUGAUAGUUUAUAUUUGUAUUAUGCCUUACUUCUACAGUUGAGUGACGUGACUGACUGCGUUCCCAGUCCCAAACAAUGAACACUUCGAGAUUGAUGACAAACUGAGAUAUUUUAUUAUUUCGUAAUAUAAUGUAAUGCAAUGCUGUUAGUGUAAGGUUUUUGUGUUAUGUUUUUGUAAAGAUUGACUUAAUUUCCAUGCAUAAAUGACAUUACCUUGGUCCUUCUGAGGCCUUUGAUCUACACAUUGAUUUACGGAUCAUGUCAAAAGGUUUCCUCUAUCCAAUUGUUUCCAGUGCGCAGUAUUUGUACCCAUGUGUGUGAAUGGAAAUGGACAGAUAUUAAUGAAACAUUAUGCCCCUGUGACUAAAAUAGGAAAUCCUCACCUCUGAGUGAACUGGGGCUAUUCGACAUUACAAAGCAUACUAACUUGUGCCUUCAACAGACUUGUGUCUGAAGGAAGGCUUCAGUGUGUGCUAUCUUGAUGCUGACAUUAAGAUAUUUAUAGGCAACAAGGGUUCAGGCUUGCUCCACGAUCUUGUUCCAAUUAAGAGUUUGAAAUUGGAAUACCUGAUAAUUAACAAUAUCAAGAAAAAUAUCUAUAUUUUCAUUUUGAGCUUGUACAAAUAUAUUUUCUUAGGCUAAA